AUGUCCGUUCAUGACAAAAACUCAUCAGUGGUCGAGGAGGAAGUCGAGGAAGAAGUCGUCAAGGAUGCCAAGGAUGGCGAAAACUCAUCGACAGUCAACGAGGAGGAUGUCGAGGAUGCCGAGGAUGUUGAGGAUUUCCAAUAUUUCGAGGAGGAUGUCGAGGAGGAGUCUUCUGGUUAUCUUUACUCUGACAAUGAACUCCUCAUUCCAGCUGAAGAGCAAGGCAAUAUCAUGGGAAGGCAGACUUUAAAGGGGGCACGAAACAGCCACUCGAAUCGACCGCUGGCUCGCGAACGUUACUAG